UAAAUUUCAUGCCACAGUCUGAGUUCGGAUAAUGGGAUGAUGAUGAUUAUGUUUCUUUUCAUUUCUCAUUAUUAAUGUCACACAACAACUGUUAGAUCCAGUCAUAUCGGCAUCUUUACCUCCAUGGCAUGCCAUUUCUCAAGCUAGUUUUAUCCACUUGCAUGGUUAUCAAGCCAUAACCUAUUCAGCUGACUGGUUCCUCUGUACUAUCUUUCAAAUAUUAGAAAUCUAUUUCAUUUAUUCUUUCUUUUUCUUUAGUUCCGAAGUGGAAUGUUUCUUUCAUUCUUGAUGUUAUUUAUUUUGAUUUUAAAACAUCUUGUACAGAGCACUUCUUUUGAAUGGUUAUGUUCAUGUUGAUUUUACAAUAUCAUAUUUGUGAUGGGAUAUGACUACAACAGCUCUCUUGAUUCACCGUCUUCUUAUGAAAUGUUCCAUGCAAAUAGAUAUAAUCUAUGAUGAUCACCAGACUUUUAUCUCAUUAGUCCUACAUAAGAAGGUUGCGACAAGAAGUGCAUCUGGUAACUUUUUCAUUAUGUUUUUUACAUGACUUUAUCGUGCUACCAACUCCAUGCACAUUUGAUCAAGGUGGUGAUGAUGAAGGCGAGAGAAGUUCUAUUUAAGCAUUAUAUAAAAUGUGUCAUGAUCCUGUUUCCUUCAAUCUUUAUUUGAAAUUUUUUCAGGGGAACAAAUGAUGUAUUAAAUGAGCAAUGAGAGUAGUUCUUUUUAAGUUUUUUCUGAGAAACAAAUGGUGUAUUUUAAUGAACACAUGAACAUCGGCCUACAUUUAUAGAUACAUGCAAAACAUGUGGGCUAGGCCUAACUAUAGUUCAGGUUGAAUUGCUACACUGAACUAAAUGGUUGCUAUUUUUGGAUUUUAAACUCAAGUUCUAAUCUUUAUCCACUUGGUGAAGCUUCCUCGGAAUUGGAUGCAUUUGCAUUUCUUGCGUGCUAUUGGAAAUGCAAUGUCCAUGAGAGUUGGCAUUGCAGCAGAUGCUGCAGCUGCUUUGCUUUUUCGAAUACUUUCCCAACCUGCAUUGCUUUUCCCACCAUUGAGACAAGUGGAAGGCGUGGAAGUUCAACAUGAACCCUUCGGUGCUCACAUUUCAUGUCAUAAUAAGCAGAGAGAAGUGCCUACAUCUGAGGCUACAGUUGAAGCUACUGCCCAAGGGAUUGCAUCCAUGCUUUGUGCAAACGGUCCUGAGGUCGAAUGGAGAAUAUGUACCAUAUGGGAAGCAGCUUAUGGUUUGGUUCCUUUAGAUUCCUCUGCUGUUGAUCUUCCUGAGAUUGUAGUUGCAACCCCUUUGCAGCCUCCUAUUUUGUCAUGGAAUCUUUAUAUACCUCUGCUUAAGGUGCUUGAGUAUCUUCCUCGUGGGAGUCCAUCCGAAACCUGUCUCAUGAAAAUAUUUGUUGCUACCGUUGAAACAAUUCUUCAGAGAACCGUUCAAUCCGAGUCAUCCAGAGAAGAACUUAGAAAUGCAAGAUUGCUUUUGGGCUCUGUGUCCAAAAAUCUUGCCAUGGGAGAACUGCGCACAAUGGUCCACUCAUUAUUUGUAGAGUCAUGUGUUUCUGUAGAGCUUGCCUCUCGACUUCUUUUUGUUGUGUUGACUGUAUGUAUUACUCAAGAAGCAAAACAUGGCAGAAGCAAGAAGAUUGAUGUCGAAGAUUAUUUCACAGUUAGUGAAAUAAGUGGAGACACCAAUGGAAAGCAAAAAGAAAUCAAAAGUGAGAAACGUAGUAAAAGCCGAGGACCUUUGGCAGCAUUUGACUCUUAUGUUCUUGCUUCCGUUUAUGCUCUUUCUUGGGAACUACAGCUAUUCCCUUUGGCUGCAAGAGGAAGUUUUUCAUUGGGUCCGAAGAAUAUGGAGGACAUUGCUAGCCUUUCAAAUGUAUCAUCCACCGAUUUAAAGAAUGGGAGUCAUUCUGCAGUUAUCCAUACUCGCAGGAUACUAACAAUUCUAGAGGCACUUUUCUCUUUGAAGCCAUCUUCUGUUACAACUUCAUGGAGUUACAGUUCAAAUCAGAUUGUUGCUGCAGCAAUGGUUGCAGCUCACAUUUCUGAUCUUUUUAGACGGUCAAAGGCUUGCAUGCGUGCACUGUCCAUCUUGAUACUGUUUAAAUGGGAUAUUGAAAUUCACUCAAGGGCAUCUUCACUUCACAACCUGAUUGAUAUUCACAGAAAAACAGUUGCAUCAAUUGUCAACAAGGCUGAGCCAUUGGAAGCACACUUAAUGCAUGCACUAGUCCCCGGGGAUGUUACAUCCGGCUUUAAUGGGAGAAUUAAAAAACAUUCCAGUUGUAACUACUUGAAACCAGAGCAGCCAUCUUCCCCUCAAUGUGAAGACAAAUUUGAUCCUAAAAUGUUAAAUAUGUGUUAUAAAGCAUCACAGUCAACUUUGGUUGCCAGGGGUAACACGGGUAAAGGGAUUGCAUGUUUUCCAAUUGAAGCUACAGAUCUGGCCAACUUUCUUAUAAUGGAUAAUGUAGGAUUCAGUUCUCAUGCACAAUAUCUUUUAAAGUCGGUUCUCACAAAGAAACAAGAACUAUGCUUUUCUGUUGUUUCAUUGCUUUGGCGUAACCUGAUCGCUUCACCUGAAAUACAACCUUGUACAGAAAGCACAUCUUCCCAGCUGGGAUGGAGGCAGGUAGUUGAUGCACUAUGCAAUGUUGUGAUAGCUUCGCCUGCAAAAGCUGCAACAGCUAUUGUUCUUCAGGCGGAGAGGGAAAUCCAUCCAUGGGUUUCUAAAGAUGACUACGGCCAAGUGCAUAGAAUCAACCAACGGAUCGUGAAAUUGAUUGCAGAGGUAAUGAGAAAUCAUGAUACUCCAGAAUCUCUUGUAAUUCUGGCAAGGGCAUCGAACCUUUUGAAUCGGGCUACUGAUGGAGUCCUUGUUGAUGAUGAAGCAUGCACCUUACCUCAAUUAGAGCUCCUUGAAGUGACAGCUAGAGCAGUUCAGCCAGUGCUAAAGAGGGGAGAUUCUGGAUUGGGAGUUGCAGAAGGCCUCCUAAACGUUGUCAAGUGUCGUAUACCAGCCACAGUCCGGUGUCUUUCUCAUCAGAGCGCUCAUGUCCGUGUUCUCAGCACAUCAUUUCUUCGCGCAGUUCUGCACACUUGUUCAAUAAAACCGAGAGCCGAGCAAAAUCCUGCACACCAGUGCUUGAAUAUUGACUGGAAAGCUGAAAUUGAGAAGUGCAUGAAUUUGGAAGCUCAUAGCAGACUAGCAAAUGGCUUGUCUAUGAACACUCUUGACACUGCUGCUAAUGAAUUAGGCUGCGUUUUAUCUGUCUAAGAAUAUUUUUUUUAACUAUUGCAUUCUGUACUUGUACCUAUCUGUUUAUAGAAUACAGACUGCUCCUUGUAAGAAUUGCAAAUCAUAAUACAAGUGUCGAUAUGAGCAACGAAAUAAGAAUCAUUUCACUUCUGUGUGAGCCUAAAUAACCAAGAGGUCACGAGUGCAUGUGAGGGGCGUGUUAGAGUAUAUAUAAAACUUUUCCUGAACUACAAUUACAAGCUUAAGGGGCUGUUUGGCAACUUCUGAAUAGGUAAGUGCUGAACCAGUAAGAGGUCUGAACCAUUAAGUGCUGAACCAGUAAGAGGUCUGAACCAUUAAGAGCUAGUAUAUUGCUUAACUAUUCAGAGGCAAAUGUCUGAUCAAUUCAGAUAAGAGGUCUUAACCAUUCAGACUCUGUAUAAUACUUAACCAUUCAGAGGCAAAUCUCUUAACCAUUCAGACAUAUGAACCAUUAAGAGGCUGAAACAAACAGUCUGAACCAUU